UGAAUAUUUUGACCAUUUACUUAUGACUCCCAUUUAAGACGGCAAUGACUUGUGACUCAGAAAUUCCACCAAGAAAAAGACAAUUGACUUAAUUUUCAUAUGAUAAUAUGGACCUCACUUCCCAUUCUCUCCUACUAAAAACCACCAUCACCUUUCUUCUCUUUUCACUAGUCUCUAAAACCAUGAGCUACUCAACCUUCCAAACACACACUCCUGAAAAUACUGAUGAAGGAAGCAAAGAAUUCAGUUUCUGGACUUCACCAAAUACCAUCAUAAAAUCUUUAGAAAAAUGUGAUGGUCAUGAUAUUCAACUUCGAAGCAAUGAAACACAAGAGCUCAAUAACCAUCAUCAAUGUUCAAUAGUUUCAGAACCUUCAAGAAGCAAAGAUAUUUUAGAAGGAAAGAAAGAACUUAUGGAAAUGAUUCAAGACAUGCCCGAGUCUAGCUAUGAACUCUCUUUUCAAGACAUGGUUGUUGAGCAGCAUCAAGUUCCAGAAACAGAAACAGAACCAGUGUAUAGUAAAUUUCAACAACCUCAACAGAAAAAGCUGAAUAAGAAUAAGAAGAAGAAUAAGAAGGAAAACAAAAGCAAUAGACAUGGUAAAAUGUUAAGAGUUGAAAGCAUGGACAGUGAAACCUUCCUAUUGAAGAUGUUCUUUCCAAUUUCUUUUGAUUGGAUGAAGAAGACUACUAAAGUACAAAAUGGCUCUGAGGUAGAACAAAAAGAUAAAGAAUGGAGAAUCAAAAGAUUUUUCAGUGAAGAUAGACAAAAUACUAGUAGUAGUAGCACUAGCAGAAGCAACAGCAAUGAUAAAAGCAGUAGGUAUGUUGAUCGCAGCUUCUCACUUUCAGAAGGUUGCUUCCCAUUCUUAUAUGAUAUAAAAAGCAAAGUAAAGAAACUAGGAGGAGGAUGGAUUGCUUAAAUUAUGAAUACUCUUGUUCUUUUGCCUGAUGGAAAUUCAGAAUAUGUAAAAUAGAGGAUUCAAGGCGUGAAGAAUUGCAAAGGACACUUGAGUUAUUCUUGAAUUCUUGGGUUUUGAUUAUAGUAGUGACAUUCAUUUUACAUAUUUGAUAAUUAAAAUUAUCUGUUUAUUUGAGUGCAUCAGCGAAGUAUUGGUAGUUAGUUAGAAAACUAUAUCCUCUAAUUAUACUGAGACGAGUCAAGGAAGCAUUAAGCA